AUGUCAAAUGAUGGAAAGCUAGAGAUAGUGGUACCAUCAUUUGUCCAUUACCUAGAAGUAUUGGAGGGUUCUGAUGGUGAUAAAAUGCCAGGUAUCUCUUUAAUAUGGCCUGCUUUUCACCAAUCGACAGUCCAUUCCAGCCCUCUCUUAUAUGAUAUAGACAAGGAUGGUACAAGAGAAAUAGCGUUAGCUACCUAUGAUGGAGUUGUAAAUUUUUUCAGGGUCUCUGGCUAUCUGAUGAUGGAUAAACUAGAAGUACCUCGUAGAAAGGUUCGUAAAAACUGGUAUGCUGGCUUGGAUCCAGAUCCAGUGGAUUGUUCACAUCCAGAUGUCCAUGAUGAUUCAAUUUCCAAGGAGGCUUCUGCUAAGAACUCAAUAUCUCAUAUAAAUGGGAGCAUGAAUGGGUCAAAUAAUUAUGAUUCUACAAACAUUGUGAACAACCUCUCAAUGAAUACAUCUAAGCUUGAGGACAGAGGAAAACUUGAUUUUGCCCAAACUAGUCAAUACAAUGGAGUGUCAAGCAAUCUUAAUGACACAAUCAAAAGGGACGCUUCAUUGGAAAAUGGUAUAGAGGAAAAUCAAACACAAACGCAAAGAAGGCUUCUUGAAGAAAUUGAUAAUCAAGGGGCCCACGAUGGACAUUCGAAAGACCAUAACACUAGUGAUGGAGUGCAAGGAGCAACUGUGGAAAAUGACCAAGAACUGGAAGAAGAAGCUGAUUCAUCUUUUGAUUUGUUUAGAGAUACAGAUGAGUUAGCUGAUGAGUAUAAUUAUGACUAUGAUGAUUAUAUUGAUGAAUCAAUGUGGGGGGAUGAAAAUUGGACAGAAGAGAGCCAUGAGAUAGCAGAAGAUUAUGUUAGCAUAGAUUCACACAUACUUUGCACUCCAGUAAUUGCUGACAUAGAUAAUGAUGGUACUAAAGAAAUGGUUGUGGCUGUUUCAUACUUCUUUGACCGCAAGUAUUAUGAUAAUCCAGAGCAUUCAGCUGAGUUAGGGGGUAUCAACAUUGAAAAAUAUGUAGCAAGUGGGAUUGUAGUUUUCAACCUUGAUACAAAGCAAGUCAAAUGGAUUCAAGAUCUUGAUUUAAGUGUCGAUUCAGGGAAUUUCCGUGCAUAUGUUUAUUCUUCUCCUUCUGUGGUUGACUUGGAUGGUGAUGGAAAAUUGGACAUUCUUGUUGGCACUUACUAUGGCUUGUUUUAUAUUUUGGAUCAUCAUGGCCAAGUGAGAAACAAAUUUUCUCUUGAGAUGGUUGAGAUUCAAGCACCAGUUGUGGCAGCUGAUAUUAAUGGUGAUGGCAAAAUUGAAAUAGUGACAAUUGACACUCAUGGAAAUGUUGCAGCAUGGACUGCACAAGGAGAAGAAAUUUGGGAAGUGCAUCUUAAGAGUCUAAUACCACAGGAUAAAUAG